UUGUUACAUUGUUUUGUUGCAGGUUGUGCUGUUUGUUUGUGGCAUGGUCCUACUUAGGCCACACAGGCAAGAAAAUAACCUCUCAGCUGAGAUUCUAUACAAUACAGCAUUGUAGAAAAUAAAGUUGUCCAUGGUUAGAUAAUUCCAUCUUUGAGAUGUAAAAUAUCUGAACUGGUUGAGGUGGAGGCAGGAGGGGACAGAGAAAAGUGUUUUGYAGAUAACCAUAGAGAUGCAGUUCUGUCAUUUCAGCUGUACUGCAAGGUAUUACCCACAGUACUGUUUUAGUUUGCUCUGUAUUUGUAUAAUUUUUCUUUCAACCCAGUGAAAUAUUUAUUAUAUCAUUACUGCCUUCAGUUCUUCACAUCUUACUCCAGUGUUCAGAGGUUGUUGAUUCAGCAGGUGACUGGAACUUACCUGUAUUUUCCAUUCUUUGCACAUUUGAUGCCUGAUUUUACCCUACCAAACUUCCUUUAAAAAAAAAAGACCUUUAAUUCCAAGCUUUACAGGCUCUAUUUAUCGUGGUUUGUAAUUCUCUUCUAGUUAACAGGCAAGCAAACAUUUCUGUUCAUUUCUGUUCUGGUGAACGCAAUCAGCUGCAGGCUGUGUUAGCAUUGCUGGUGCUUUUACUGAUAAAUAUGUGUUUGUUUUCAUCUCUGUCAUAAAUAAAAUAAAGGCAUACAGCACCACUAAGUCCAUAGGAAGUAGCAAUAGUCCAAGUGUUUCUAGUGUUAGUACCUGAGACUCGUUAAACAUAAUUAAUCUUGUAGAAAGAAAAACUUUCUCUGCUAUAGUGAUGCAUUUCCAAGAUCUCGAUGGGCAUGGAUGCAUGUUUGGAUCAGUGAAGAACUUCAGCCUGCUCUUGGGAUGAGACAGUUAAACAAAAAAAACCCAAGUACAAAAACAUUUUAUUAGGGUUUGUAAGAAAUCUAAUAYGUUUUCAGCAAGGAGGCUUAAAACCUCUUAAAUUCACGAACUUGUUCCCUCAGAAACUGCCUCUUGUGCUUGUUACCAAAGAAAGGAUGUUGAGUCAUGCACUGAAGAAGUAGCAGUCAAGCCAAGAGCUUCUGUAUCACUUGAUGGCAGUGUCUCUUCUUCUCCUCUUUUUGCCUUGGGACAGGAUUUAGGGACAGAUGAACGUUAAAAAAUAAUGCUUUAAACAGCAGCCUUCCCACCACGCCUGCACUGGGAAAAGGGAACCUGUAACACUGACCUACAGGGAAAAAUAUGACUGUGUUCAAAGCAAGUAAAACACAGGUCUGAUUAACGGCAGAAAUUGUAAUGUCAGCCGUGGCUGUGACUGUGCAAUGUUUGCCUGCCUGCAAACUGUGCAGUGACUGCUGUGAAUCCUACUGCACAUUCCCAGCUGUGCAUAUUUCAGCAGAGGUUUACAGAGCAGCUUUUGUGUUUUCCAAAGCAGUUGGUCUUACUUGCUGAAAGGUGAUGGAAUGUUAGAAAACUCCUCUCAAAAUUUCCGCAUUUUCUUGAAUAAAUUCGUUGCGAAAGGUGACUUUUAUUACUGAAGGAUAUUUUUAAACACCUUUUUAAUUCUCUUUUUAAUACACCGGUGUAUGUGUGUGGAAACGCGCUAUUCUCAUUUUGGAUUUCUAAUGCAUUUCAUAGAAUGCAGGUUGUCUCUCUUUUGUCAAUAUUUGUGACGGGUUAAUGAUCAACCUCAUGACCUCAUGGCUGUUUCUGGUGAACAUCCAAAUCUCCCUCCAGUCUUCCCCUAAAACAAGUAUAGAAAAAAAGUGAGUAUAAUUUCACGGUUUUGUGUAAGCUGAACUCACYCUGGAUCCUGUGUUUUUGAAAACGUGCUGCAGGUAGCAGAGAGGUACAUGCUGUCGAAUCCUGGUAAAUCAUUCAGCGUGGUAAGGUAAUGCCAAGAAAUCCAAACUUCUGUGUUGUACCUGUAACUGCCAGGUAUGUGGUAGCUGGUGCCUGGCUGGGGUUGGUGCAGAUGGUCUUACUUGCCCAGACCAUCAGGAAUUGCACAGUGGCUGCUGGAACCACUGGGACUACUGGAAGUGCUGGAGCUGGUGGCUCGUUGUGCACUGGCACAGCGGGAACUGGGCUGUGGCUGGGAGUGGCCCCUGCUCCUUUGGGGCCUGGCCCUGCACUUCCAUGCUCCCCAUGGCUUUUCCGUGGGGGGUCUGGCUCAGACCUUGCAUCGCAGCCCAGGCUGGCUCAGCCUCUGCCUGUGGGGCUCCUGCUGAGGUGGCUUGGAGAAAUAAGGGACAUGAGUUUAGAAUGACCUGGGCUUUGUCCCUGGUCUUGUCCUCUUGCUUCUACUUAAUCUUUGUUGCUGCCUGGUUUUGUGACAACAAAACCUGAUUCUUCUUUUCCCUCUGAAGGAAGUCAGAGUGUUCUGAGUGCUCACUGACAUGGGGAGCAGCUCCUUACUUGGGAUAUUUCUCCUGCUGAUGUGCUUCAUCAACAGCAGCAGCCUGUUUUCAUAUUCAGCGUUUAUGAGAAAAGACAAAGCCCAUGAGGUGCUGCGAGUCCAUAAACGUGCCAACCACUUCCUAGAAGAGAUUCGUCCAGGGAAUCUGGAGAGAGAAUGCAAUGAGGAAAAGUGUUCAUUUGAGGAAGCUAAGGAGAUCUUCCAUUCGCAGGAGAAAACRAUGGAAUUUUGGUUCAAUUACAAAGGUUUAAAUCCAUGUAAUACAAAUCCCUGUAACAACGGUGGAGUGUGCAAAAUAAGACACUACCGUUACUUUUGCAUCUGCCCCCCCAAAUUUGGAGGAGACAACUGUGAAACAGAAAGGUUGGAAUGCUGGUACAAGAACGGUGGCUGCUGGCAGUACUGCAGGGAUGGCGACAACCCCUUCAGGGUGGUGUGUUCCUGCACCAGGGACUACGUGCUGCAUGAGGAUGGGAAGAGAUGCGUGCAGGCAGCACCAUUUCCCUGUGGCCUGAUCAAAGCCAGGUGGGCUCUGGAGGAACUCCGGAGGAGUCAGUGGGAGCACAGGGAUCCUGUGCCCGAAUGGAAUGGGAGCACAGAGGGCACAGUUAGGCAGACAGAGCUGGAACACGGUGAUGUUGUAGAAGAGACUUUAAAGGAUGCCUUUGGCCAGAGCUCGUGCACUAAGGGUGACGCUGGACAAACAGGGAUGGCAGGAGAYACUUUCAGUUGGAAUAAGAUGCUGGUGGGCUCUGUGACCCAGAAGCCGCUGUGGGACAGUGCUGCGGGGCAAGAGCUGGAUGUCCCUGAGCACCACGAGGCAGUGGAGGAGAACGCCAGGCCUGGCAGGCCCAGGGGAGCCCCAGCUGCCCAGAGUGAGCCAACCCAGGGUCCUGCAGAACAGAACAAGACCACAGCACCUGCAGCCAGGCAGGAAGGAACAGUGGGAAAUGCUAUGUGGCAAAACCACAGAGGGGAGGACUCUGGCCAAAAUGGAACAGGGGCAGUUCAACUUGGGAAUGUGGGGCUGCAUCAGAGCAGUGACUGGGGAGAUGUUUUGGACACAUCUCAGCCCACCCAGACAAACAUCAGCUCUACUUUGGAGCACUAUGACUCCAGGGUAACGGGAGGAAUGCUCUGUCAUCGCGGACAUUGCCCCUGGCAGGUGCUGCUCCGGAACAGCCGGGAYGUUUCGUUCUGCGGCGGGAGCCUGAUCAGCCGGCGCUGGGUGCUCACGGCAGCGCACUGCCUCGACCUCGUCAGUCCCCAGUACGUCACCCUGGGAGACUUUGACAAAUACCAGAGAGAAUUCAAGGAACAAAAGAUCGCUGUGGAACAGAGCUGGACGCACCCACAUUACAACUCCAACAACUACAAUGGUGACAUUGCCCUGCUCUACUUGAGCAGUGCUGCUGUUUUGAAUGAGUACGUAAUUCCCAUCUGCCUGCCCAGCCCUAACCUGGCUGCGCUACUCUCUGAGGAAGGGACGGUGGGGAUGGUCAGCGGCUGGGGAGCCACACAUGAGAGGGGCUCCACCCUGCGCUUCCUCAUGAAGGUGCAGCUGCCGAUUGUGGACCUGGAGCGCUGCCAGCACGCCAUGGACAGGCUGCUCACUGACAGCAUGUUCUGUGCUGGUCACAGCACGGCUGCAGCCGAUGCCUGCAAGGGAGACAGUGGGGGGCCCUUUGCUGUGUCCCACCACAACACCUGGUUCCUCCUGGGCAUCGUCAGCUGGGGCGAGGGGUGUGCUGAGCAAGGGAAAUAUGGUGUGUACACCAGAGUAGCCAACUACAUCCCCUGGAUCAAAGAGGUGGUUGAAAGUGUAGCAGAUUCAGAAAACUUUUCCCUUGACUUUUCUUAAUACCACCUUUAAGAACAAAAUCAAUUCUAUUAUUACUGUUUCAGCCUAUGAGACAAUGCUCAAUGUUGAAAAAUAAACAUACCCUCAAAGAAAUUCUGAAAUGAGUAAAUUGCUCCUUUAAGUAUUGCUGAGUAAAGUACUUGGGUAUAAUAAUGGACUAUCGGCAAGUAACAAAGGAGGAAACUCUGCUUAAGAUUUUUUUGUUUUAGAGGAAGAAAGCAUUUUCCAUGUCUCAAGCCUCCCUGUGUUACUACASAGAGGCCCACAGCCCCGUGUGAAUUCACUGCUUACCAAAGGGAGCAUAGUUCUGCUAAGUGUCUGUUGUGAGACAGUGCUGAAUACAGGGAGCUCUGAAGUUCUGGCACCAACUACAGAUGUUUUCCAAUCUAAAAACCAAUGUCAGUAUGGAAUUGGAUACAAACCAGGCAG